AUGACAGCGCUUGGGGAGGAAGACGAAUUUUGGUCUGAUUUCCCCCGCAGCCGCAGUGUCGAUGAGAAGCAGUCGAGGAACUCCAUUCUAACUGAAUGGAUUGGCAUGGGGAGAAGCGGACCUCAGAUCACGGCUAAGCUGCAGCUUUUGGACUGUGUUACGCUGAUGAUGGUUGUCAUUUCGCUGCUUUAUCCACCAGCCUUCUGUCAGCAGUGUCGCAUCCAGCGCUGCAAUGCUGAGUACGUGGCGUCUACCUCACCCUCUAGCGGCCUGCAUGAGGAUGCGCCGCCCGAUGUGGACUACUGCAUCGCAUUACGGGCCUAUGCCCUGUGCACCCGACGACAGGCUCGGAGCUGCCGGGGCGACCUAGUCUACCACUCGGCCGUCUUCCGUAUCAAGGAGCUAUUCUCUCAGCACAACUGCUCCAGCGACGGACCCACGUCCUCCGCCAAGGUUCCGAGCACAUCCCGGCCAGCCGUUUCAGAGCUGUGCAACUACGAGAACAGGGUGCUCGCUGUUGGUUCGGGUGGUCAGCAGAAGAAGUAUGCCCACUGUGGAUUAUUCGGAGACCCGCACCUAAGGACUUUCCGGGAUGAGUUUCAGACGUGUAAAGUAGAAGGGGCGUGGCCUCUUAUCGACAACCGUUUCCUAUCAGUGCAGGUGACCAACGUCCCGGUCGUCCUAGGCUCAAGCGCCACUGCGACUAGCAAGAUCACAGUCAUCUUCAAGUCCUACCACGGCUGCACGGACCAGAAAGUCUACCAGGCCACUACGGACGACCUGCCGUUAGCCUUUCAGGAUGGCACUCGCAGCGGCAGUGAGAGCGGCAGCCUGACCAUCACGGAACGUGGCGGUUCCGGAGUGGGCCGACAGGUGAAGAUCCAGGCGCGGUACAUUGGCACGUCCAUUAUUGUGCGACGCGUAGGCAGCUACCUGACCUUCGCCAUCCGUAUGCCCGAGGACAUGCUGGACUUUUCCGAGGACGGCGGCGGUCUGCAGUUAUGCCUGCACGGCUGCCCGCGGAACGAGCUCAUCAAGGAGCACACAUUAGGCCGCCAGAGCCAGCAGCACCGGCGACCGGGCGCCGCCACCGAGCUCGGUCCGCUGCGGCCCCCUCACCAGGUCUACACGGUGGAGCGAGCCACGGCAAAGUGUCGAGAGACCCUGCAGGUAGAGGACGUUUACUUCCAGUCCUGCGUCUUUGACUUGCUAACAACGGGAGACCCCGAAUUCUCCAUGGCGGCGUACGGCGCCUUAGAAGAUUUGAAGGCGCUGCCGCCCAGCAAACUCAAGCAGAACUCUCCGAGGAGUCCGCGCCUUUACAACCGAGGGGCGUCACAGACAGCUGCAAUCAACUGCACAGCUUCUGUUCUCACACUUCUACUCGUCAUUGUGCAGCUUUUGUAA